AUGAGCGAACAACAACUGCAAGAAAAUCAACAGCUUAUAACAGAAAAAGACACACAGCUACAAGCCAAUCGAGAGACAAUAACACAAAACAAUGAACAGUUACAAACAAAGGACAUUGAAAAUGGUCAACUCACUACGAGACUAGGCCAAGCAACACAAGAAAACCAAACCCUCCAGCAAGACAAAGCAACACUUCAAAAGGAAGCUGGAGCCAGAGAGAGACAGCUGAGGAGACUCAACCAAGAGUUGCAAUCAAGUGAGAAGAACACUGCUGCCCUCCAACAAGACAAAGCAACACUUCAAAAGGAAGCUGGAGCCAGAGAGAGACAGCUGAGGAGACUCAACCAAGAGUUGCAAUCAAGUGAGGAGAACACUGCUGCCCUCCAACAAGCCAUCGAUCAACGAGACAGAGAAGUCACUGAACUGAGACAAGCUUUGGCAAGCAAGAACGAGGAAUCUCACGAUCUAUUGACUCGAAUGCACCAAGUCGCACUGCAAGAUGAGCAACCUACACCAAUGAAACCUGUUACAAUCGAGUCACUACCUGAUGCACCUGUUGAUAUUGGGUAUGGAUCAUCAUCAGGCGUGAUUGGAGACAAGGCAUACUUUAGACCUUACGGAAGUAACACUGUUUUUGAGUUCAGCAACAAUCAAUGGCACAAGUUACCACCUUGCCCUAACAGCUACUUCAUUAUUGUCAGUGUUGAUGACAUGCUCACAACUGUGGGGGGAGGGUCAGACACACAAGUCUAUAGUAACAAACUCUACAGCUACAUUAACAACAAAUGGGCCGAACACUUCCCUCCUAUGCCAACCAGACGGUGGAGUCCUGGAGCUGUGUACGCUAAAAACACACUUGUAGUGACUGGGGGAUGGCGUGAUUAUAAGAAUUUUAAUACAGUCGAAGUAUUAAACACUGCUAAUAUGCAAUGGUCUAUUGUUAGCUCACUACCUGUGCGAACCGACAAUCCAUCAACAACGAACUGUGGAGACUAUGUGUACAUACACCCACGAACUGAGGAUGCUCAAGAGAAGUAUUCAGUGUACAAAUGCUCGUUAAGAAAACUAACUCAGUCCCAGCCAAGCUCAGCUAUAUGGGAGAAGAUUUCCCCUUUGCCAGUUAGCAACUCCACUCUUAUUACCAUCAAUGGCUACAUGCUGGCAGUGGGUGGGGUGGACUCCAAUAGAGAUAACACUAAAGACAUAUAUCAGUACAAUAUGGCAUCAUGGACUGUCAUUAGUCAAAUGUCAACACCUCGAUUAGCAUGCGUCACUGCUGCCCUCCCUGGGAACAAACUGAUGGUAGUGGGAGGAUUUGGUGCACCGACAAAAUGUGAAAUGUUUACUUUUAAGUAGUGUCUCAGUUCUUUUGUGUUAUUGUAAUAUGCUGUAAAAUACUUGACAUUAUGUUGAAAGUUAUUACA